CUGGGAGGCAGAGACAGCUUCUUCCACGAGAAAAAGGCCAUCUACAACUUGGCAACGCCCAGAAUAUUUCCAGAGUUCUCCCCACAGGGUGAAUCUCCGUUGCCAUGGGCAUCUGAACCUAACAUCUUGGCCCCAGAGAUGGAACAUAAUGUUGCCUAGCUUGGGUAGGCACUGGAAUAAUUCUUCACUCUUUAAUGGCCAUCAAGCUUUGAAUCUUCUGGAGAAAUUCCAUCUUUGUGUUGGCAGCUCUGAAGUAUGAGGGGACUACAACUGAGGUGGAGGUGACUUCUCAUGGGCCUCCAGAGGAGUCCUGGACUUCUGCUCACAGGACUGUGUGUGGGGCUGCUUUUCAGUUGGAUGAACCUUGCCCAGCCAACCGAUCUCUCAGCCCUGGCUCACCACCCCCAUUUGUGCCAGACUACACGGGAUGCCGAAGGCCGCCACUACCCUGGUUUUUUCUGCCCUCGCCUCUCUGAUACGCCUGAGGAAGCCUACUGUUGCCACCUGCAGGCUGCCGGGGGGUCCUGCUGUACCCUGGAUGAAUUUGAGGCCCUGUACCAAGUAAACUUGUCUUCUCUUCCGCCCCCACCCAUCCUCAGGGGCCCAGGCCCGCUCCUGGCACUGGGCAUCUACAGUCUACUGCUGAUGGCACUGAUGACUGCAGAUUUCGUACACUUCUGCCGUGGUCGGGGACAGAGAGAAAGACGGAACUCCAGCGGCCGCCGCCUUUCCUUUCGGGACUCUGCCGCGCGCCCCCUACAGGUCCCAGUAGGAACAGACUAGGAGCUCGAGACGCUGCCUUGAGCCUGCGCCUGCGCAACGCGGCCGAGUACCCCGCCCUUGCACAGACCCAACCUCUUCUUGGCCUCGCCUUCUUUGGCGUAACCCUGACGCAUUGCUGGGGCGGGGCAGUCACCGGCAUCUUCCCGAGCCCAGGGCCACCUUUGCUCCAGAGACUGCGCCUGCACCAGCACUUGGAACUCAGCCUCGUGAUGACUGUGAGUGGCCCGGGGACCCCCGAGCCCCGACCUUCCGACCCCGGGGCCAGCUCAGCCGAGCAGCUGAGGAAGGAGGGCAACGAGCUGUUCAAAUGUGGGGAUUACGAGGGCGCCCUGACCGCCUACACCCAGGCCCUGAGUCUAGGCGCGACGCCCCAGGACCAGGCCAUUCUGCACCGAAACCGGGCUGCUUGCCACCUCAAGCUGGAAGAUUACAGCAAAGCAGAAUCAGAGGCGUCUAAAGCCAUUGAAAAGGACGGUGGGGAUGUCAAAGCACUUUAUCGCCGAAGCCAAGCCCUGGAGAAGCUGGGUCGCCUGGACCAGGCUGUCCUUGACCUGAAGAGAUGCGUGAGCCUAGAACCCAAGAACAAAGUUUUCCAGGAUUCCCUGAGGAGCAUUGGGGGCCAGAUUCAGGAGAAGGUGCGGUACAUGUCCUCCACAGAUGCCAAAGUAGAACAGAUGUUUCAGAUACUGUUGGACCCCAAAGAGAAAGGCACAGAGAAGAAGCAGAAGGCUUCUCAGAACCUUGUGGUACUGGCCAGAGAGGACGCCGGAGCUGAGAAGAUCUUCCGGAGCAAUGGGGUUCAGCUCUUGCAGUGCCUGCUGGACACAGGGGAGACUGACCUCAUGCUGGCGGCCCUGCGCACACUGGUCGGCAUUUGCUCGGAGCACCAGUCGCGGACAGUGGCGACCCUGAGUGUCCUGGGAACUCGGAGAGUCGUCUCCAUCCUGGGUGUGGAAAACCAGGCCGUGUCGCUGGCAGCCUGCCACCUGCUGCAGGUUAUGUUUGAUGCCCUCAAGGAAGGCGUCAAGAAAGGCUUCCAAGGCAAAGAAGGGGCCAUUAUCGUGGAUCCUGCCCGGGAGCUGAAGGUUCUCAUCAAUAACCUCUUGGAGCUACUGACUGAGGUGGGGGUCUCUGGCCAAGGCCGUGACAAUGCCCUGACCCUCCUCAUUAAAAUGGUACCCCGGAAAUCGCCGAAGGACCCCAACAAUAGCCUCACGCUCUGGGUCAUUGAUCAAGGUCUGAAAAAGAUCCUGGAGGUGGGGGGCUCCCUGCAGGACACUGCUGGGGAGCUCGCAGUGACAGCAAACAGCCGCAUGAGUGCCUCCACCCUCCUCAGCAAGCUAUUCGAUGAUCUGAAGUGUGAUGCUGAGAGGGAGAACUUCCACCGGCUCUGUGAGAACUACAUCAGGAGCUGGUUUGAGGGCCACGGGCUGGCCGGGAAGCUGCGAGCCAUCCAGACCGUGUCCUGCCUUCUGCAGGGCCCAUGCGAUGCUGGCAACCGGGCCUUAGAGCUGAGCGGCGUCAUGGAGAGCGUGAUCGCCCUGUGUGCCUCAGAGCGGGAGGAGGAGCAGCUGGUGGCAGUGGAGGCGCUGAUCCAUGCAGCCGGCAAAGCCAAGCGGGCCUCCUUCAUCACUGCCAAUGGCGUCUCACUGCUCAAGGACCUGUACAAGGGCAGCGAGAGGGACAGCAUCCGCAUCAGAGCGCUAGUGGGACUCUGUAAGCUCGGAUCAGCCGGGGGGACUGACUUUAGCAUGAAGCAGUUUGCUGAAGGCUCUACUCUCAAACUGGCCAAGCAGUGCCGAAAGUGGUUAUGCAAUGACCAGAUUGAUGCGGGGACUCGGCGCUGGGCAGUGGAGGGCCUGGCUUACCUCACCUUUGAUGCUGAUGUGAAGGAAGAGUUUGUGGAGGACGAGGCUGCUCUGAAGGCCCUGUUCCAGCUCAGCAGGUCUGAAGAAAGGUCAGUGCUCUUCGCUGUAGGCUCGGCACUGGUCAAUUGCACCAACAGCUACGACUAUGAGGAGCCUGACCCCAAGAUGGUGGAGCUGGCCAAGUAUGCCAAGCAGCACGUUCCAGAGCAGCACCCUAAGGACAAGCCAAGCUUCGUGCGCGCCCGUGUGAAGAAGCUGCUGGCAGCAGGCGUGGUGUCGGCCAUGACGUGUAUGGUGAAGACAGAGAGCCCCGUGCUGACCAACUCCUGCAAGGAGCUGCUCUCCAGGGUCUUCCUGGCUUUGGUGGAAGAGGUGGAGGAUCGAGGCACUGUGGUUGCCCAGGGAGGGGGCAAGGCUCUGCUCCCGCUGGCCCUGGAAGGCACCGAUGUUGGGCAGACCAAAGCAGCCCAGGCUCUUGCCAAGCUGACCAUCACCUCCAACCCAGAGAUGACCUUUCCUGGUGAGCGGAUCUACGAAGUGGUCCGGCCUCUCGUCUCUCUGCUGCACCUCAGUUGCUCAGGACUGCAGAACUUUGAGGCCCUCAUGGCCCUAACGAACCUGGCAGGGAUCAGCGAGAGACUCAGGCAGAAGAUCCUGAAGGAGAAGGCCGUGCCCAUGAUUGAGGGCUACAUGUUCGAGGAGCACGAGAUGAUCCGUCGGGCGGCCACAGAGUGCAUGUGUAACUUAGCCAUGAGCAAAGAGGUGCAGGAUCUCUUCGAAGCCGAGGGCAACGACCGGCUAAAGCUGCUGGUGUUGUACAGCGGGGAGGAGGAUGAGCUCCUACGGAGGGCUGCGGCUGGGGGCCUGGCCAUGCUCACCUCCCUGCGGCCCUCGCUCUGCAGCCGGAUCCCACAAGUGACCACACACUGGCUGGAGAUCUUGCAGGCCCUGCUUCUAAGCCCCAACCAGGAGCUGCAGCACCGGGGCACUGUGGUGGUACUGAACAUGAUGGAGUCCUCGAAGGAGACAGCUAGCACCCUGAUGGAGAGUGAGGUCCUGGAGAUCCUGUCCGUGUUGGCCAAGGGCGAGGAGAGCCCAGUCACCAGGGCUGCUGCAGCCUGUCUGGAGAAAGCAGUGGCAUAUAGACUCAUCCAACCCAACCAGGACGGAGAGUGAGGAUUCGCCUGGGCCCACAGCUCAUGUGUCUGCCACCCAUCACAGCUCUGAGGGUCGGGAUAGAAGCAGCUUGGUCAACAGGACUGCGGUGCUGGGCACUGGCCCCUCCUCCACGGUUGCACUUAGGUGUUCUCUGUCAUGAGGACACACACAUACCACCCACACAGCCCUGCCCUGCCAGCACUCAGAGGGGCCCUGUCUGUACUGUAGAGAGCUGAGAAUGGGGGCCGUGCACCCCGUUCAAGCCUGUGGAUUAUGGGCAUCAAGAAGGAAGGGCACAGCAGCGUACUCACAAGCCGGGAGCAUCACCAGAGCCUGCCUGCCCUGAGGGCUCGUCCCCUAAUAAAUCAUGUGGAGCUAAA